AUGGGAGAAGCUAUCAGACAGACCAUAGCGUCAAUGUUACGAGGCAUUGAAAGAUACAAUCCAGAAAACUUACCUACUUUAGAAAAUUAUGUUGAAAGGCAAGCCGUUGAGAAUUCAUAUGACUUAGAGGCUAAUCUAGCAGUUUUAAAAUUAUAUCAAUUUAAUCCUCAUUUAUAUAAAGUUGAUAUAACGUGUCUAAUUUUGCUUAAGGCUUUGACAAAUUUACCUCACACAGAUUUUGUUUUGUGUAAAUGUUUGCUUACUAAAGCACAGUGUCAAGAAGUUCCAAUUAUCCACAUCAUAUUUUUGGCAGAUAUACUUGAAAGAUGCGAUUUUCAAACUUUUUGGAAUAAAGUUUUAAGCAUGUCAGAUCUCUGCAACAGGAUAACUGGUUUUCAUGAUUCUAUAAGAAAAUUUGUAUGUCAUGUAGUUGGUAUAACUUAUCAAACAGUUGAUAAAAAUACAUUGCAAUUACUGCUGGGAGGUGUCUAUCCUGAAGAACUCAAAAUGUGGAUAAAUAAAUAUCACUGGAAAGAUCAGGGAUCCUCUGUGUUUAUUGCUAAUCAAGAUGAGAAUAUUAAAACUAAAAAUAUCACAGAAAAAAUUGAUUUUGAAAGUGUUGCAGGAAUAAUGGCUACUUGUAAAUGA